AUGGAGUACUCAGCGACCAAGGAUAAUGCUAUACUCACUCUUGCGCGGAUGGAGGAAUCUGACCUGCGCCAUCUCCGAUGCUUUGCAUUCUCUAUCUGGUCGGGAUCUGGUCGCACCGUUAUCUAUCGAGACGAAGAGUACGAGAACAUCAACGACAUCUUCCUUAACGACUACGGGGCUUCGCAGAUCAAUUUCAUCAAGUCUCUGGUCGUCGACAUGAUGGACCAUCUUCCCCAGCUCGAUGAGACGUGUAUUCUUCUCACCAGGCAGCACUUAUAUCAAGGAAACGAGUGCUGGGAGACGGUUACAUCAACAGGGAGGAUCUGCAGUAUCUAG